AUGGCGUUCGAGAGGUUCCACGUGGGAAUAGGGAAUGACGUGACCUCUUACAUAUCGUUCAUGGUGGACCUCAUAGACGACGAGCGGGACGUCAGCCAUUUGCAUUUCCGGGAGAUCAUUCUGAACGCCUGCGGCAGCGGAAGGGCGGCCGCCAAAUUGAUCAACUCACUGGGCAAAGAUAUAUCCCUGGAUCCCGACAGCCCGCUGUUUUCAGAGCGAAGCAAAGCCAGGAACUAUUGCAAGCGGCGUUGGAAUCGGUGGCGGGGGAAUCUGGUGCAUACUUAUUUUAAGAGUCCCUGGACCGCCAUCUCUUUGAUUGCUGCCAUCUUGCUCUUCGGUCUCACCUUCUUCGAUGUUUUAUUCAACAACAUCAUCUUCAAUAAACAACAAUCAUGA